UCAUCAGUCAGAUGAGCACAUGGCUGUAAAAAGGCAGUUAAAGAAUUCUCAGUAGCUUCUGGAUGGCAGUAUUGACUAAUCUGACAUCCUAACCAAAAGUAAAAGGACAGUAGGGUUCUAAUCUUGGAACUUGUUCUUUAUCCUUAAACAUACAGAGAAUUGAGUUCUCUUUCAUAAGACCAUUCAAGUGGAAUGCAUUUUGCAGAGCAGACUCUUGACUUCAUAUAAGUAAUAAAAAUCACUUGGUGUACUAAACAACAAAAUAUUGGCUUGUUUCUUUUUUCAGACAGUAUCAGAAUAAGCUUGUUUGUGAUUUUUCUCACAAAAUAACCUUUUUUAUCAUCAUAGCUAAAGGAGUGCAGGGCUUCUUUAGUAACUAUGGAGAGCAAAGCAUGACGUGUUAUAGCCAGAGCAAACUCAUUUCACCUUGUGACUUUCAAGCUGGUUGUAGUAACUCAUAAGGGUUCUGUUGACAUCAUUCAACCAGUUCAAGUGUCAUUGUCCAGCCUCUGAACAGGUAACCUCCUGGAGGUCUCUGUGGAGACCUCCCUUCUAAAGACCAGGUUUCCCGCACAACUGCAUGUCUUCCUUCACCUAGAGCAGGCUCUCAAUGUGUGGCCUGAUGCAAGUAGUAGAGUCCAGUAACAAUGUUGUGGCUGUUUCAGGGGAGGUUAAUUUAAAGUGAAAGGACUGUGUCAGCCUGCUUUCCAAGAGUUCUCAGAUCCUUCCUGGACACAGUUCUGGCUUUUGCUUCUGCACUGCCCUUGCUUGAAAAACAACAACAAAAGAGACAUCUCUCUCCAUGACUAAACUAAAACUUUUGGAGAGCUAUAGAUACACUUGGUGUUUUCACAAAUGCUGGUGUACUGUUCAGAAGGCAUUCUUGUCAGCAUUUGAUAUUUAUGAAAUGGUUAAUGGAAAUUGUCUUGGAUUAGAGAUACUGUAACACCACAGAAAGGGAAUCCUUUAACAAGAAUGUAUUCUUGAACAUGCUGCUUCUCUGCUUGGCUGUAUCUGGAGUGGGUGAAUCAUGCAAAAUGCAUCUUGUAGAGACAUUUUGCAUUGAGGCACUAAGGUGCUGGGCAGAGGUUUACUGCUCAAGAGAGCAGAACUUCUUCAUUUGUGCUUUGUAUGAUCCGGGGCAAGAUGUUUAUCUGUUGUGUGUCUGAGUUUACAGUUCUCUAAAGUAGCUGAGAAACUUCUCCAUUGUACCUAUUUAUAGUUGCAAAAAGUAGCUAAUUAAAAAUGCCUCAGUAGGAAAACUACUGAUGCAUAGGUCUCAUCUAGGCAGCACAACCACAGCCAUGUUUUGAUGUCUGGAAUUUUUUUACUUACAUUUUAGAGCAAGAGUUACUUAAAGCCUUGCAAUUUAUAUUUCUUUUGUUAUAACUGAUGCUGAGUUCUGAGAAUUUAAAAUACAAUUCUCAAUUGAGUGCUAUGUUUGGAAUAAACAAUUGUCUGACAUUUAAUUAUUGCACUUUGAAAAAAAUACUGCAAGCAUAUUUUGUAAAUACUGGCUUUCUCUCUCUAUUUGUAGUUUUGUUUAUCAGGCUGAUUUUGAAAAUAGUGGUAAAAAUUGUAAGGGUUAGAAUGUGAAGAAGGCAAAGUUCACUAUUGUACUUCUCUUUCUCUAUUGUAAUUCUCUUAAUUAAUUUUGAUGAUUUUUUUCCUAAGUUGUCUUUUCUAUGUAUGCUAUGUACUAGAAUAAUUUCAUAGAUUGCAGUAUUUUUUCAAUUAUUUGAUCAAUAUUUUUAUAUAAACAUUUUUGCAUGGUGGAAAUGAUAAUUUAUUGGUGACAUGCAUUGAGUUUCCUGAGCAUGAUUAUCAGUUCACUUGGUGUGUUGUGCUAUUCUUGUUAGACAGAGCCAAACAUGAAAAAUAAUUCAACUGGCUGGAUUAUUUUGUAGACGUUGCUCAGACGAAGCCUGAGGCAAGUUAGCACAUAGUCUCUUGCUGCCUUUUUUUUUUUUUUUGCACUAGCCAUUAACAUGUGAAUUUCUCAAGUCUGAGAUUUAAAAAAAAGGGAAAAAAAGGGAGAGCCUCACUUCCCAAAAUGUAGAUAAAGUUAUUUGAAGAAAAAAAAAUCCACCCUUUGUUGACCAAUUUUUCCCCUUCACUAGAGAAAUGCCUUUCUCUCCCAGCCAUGACAUAUUUAAUAUAUCAAGCAUACAUGUUCUCUCAGUGUAUGAGGAUUAUCCAAAAAUUUUCUCCUUUCCAAUAAAAAGAACUUCUUGUGCUGACUGUUUUCACUUUUCUUCCCAAAUCCCUGUAAUAAAUAAUCUGUAGCUUUUUGAGCCUUUGCAUUCUUUGUGGCUAUUGUAAAAUACCUGAUGUCUUCUCAUAUUCUGAUAGUUUAUUUUUUCUAACUAGGUGCUGAUGCUAUGAGGGAGAGAAGAGCAUUACCACUGUAGAUGUGUCUGUUAUUAUCACAUAACCUCUCUGUAUCUCUUCCUGUAGCAGCACUUGUCUGCCUGUGUUGUUUGUGCUUUAAUGAACAGAUGCUUCACUGCGUUUCAUGGUGAAGAUAAAUUUCCUAAGACCCCAGAUGCUAUUUUCAAAAGUGCCUAAGAAUAAUAAACCUUUUUCCUCAGUGCAGGCUCUUACAGUUGCUGUCUGGCCUCUAGUUUGCUGAGCCAUUGUGCAGGCAUAAAUCUGGGCCAUGGCUCUAUCUGAAAUAAGGUAUGCUAAUUAUUUAUAACAUCACAUAGCAACCACUCCACAUCUUUAACUAGUAUUUCAUGAGCCAAUCAGAGUAUUUCUUUUAUCCCUUGUUAAGCCUUAGCAUCAGCUCAGGAGAAAAUCAUUUUAGCAGAUUUAACACCAUUUAAAUACUACUUCAGAUGUAUUUUUCAUGAAUUUAUUUUAUUCAAAAAGUUUGUAUUGAUAAUGCACAUCUUAUUUGUGGUUUUUGUUAUUUGUUGGGUUUUUAAAAAAGCAAGAGGGCUGCUCCUGCACAUGCUUCUAUUAUCCUAACUUAGAAUUAAACAAUGAGAUGUUUGUACAGCCCUGCUUUGUAAUUUAUUGACCAUGGUUUAAAUCCCAUACAUUAAAUGUAAAUCUUUGAAAUCCAGUAUAAGGAGCUAAGAAUGUAACCCCUGUUCUGUGUUUGGCAACCAGACCCUCUUAUCAGUAUGAACCUGGACAAAGACAACAUCAAACCUUAGUCUGUGCUGCCUUUAAUAAGGAUAUUUGUCUUCUUUUUUUUUUUUUCCCUCACCACUUCUGUCCACAUACAUGUUUAAAUAAUUUUAAGACUUUCAAAAUUUCGGUGUAGAGAAUACUUGUGUAUUGGCCUAGGUUACCUUUGAAGCAAGCAGUUUUUUGAAAGCUGGCAAAUUCCUCUGACAAUCACCUUUAUAACUUCACUCUUUAAAUAUAUGAAUUAUAUGUGUAGCACUUAAAAGAAGUGUCUUACAUUAACUGAGUUCACUCUAGGUCAGUGUUCUUUGUGAGCAGCAAACAAGACAUAAUCUUCUGUCUGGAAGCUCAGUGGAUGGCAUAGUAGACUCUCUUGAGAUACAGAAAAUGUACAUGUCUGAUGAUUCAGUGUCCAGACAGUUUCUGCUUUUGAAUUAUUAAACCACUACAUAAUCUUAAAUAACACCACUGCUGUCAUGCAAUAUUUUAUGGGCUAGAAUCUGUAAGUCACUAGGGUUUUUUCCCUUGUUCCUAUUUAAUGGAGGAAGGGAGCCCAUAAGGAGACCUUUGAGUGCAGGGGGGCAGAUUGCUUUGAAGAGGAAAGUCUUGAGAAAGCCAAGAAAUCUGUAUUCACUCUGGAUCCCAUUAUUCCUUUUUUAAUGUCAUUGCUCCUGUCUGCAUGCAGGAAAGCCUAAGCUGAGUUUGGGUCUGUUUCUACUUUUGUAAGUACCUAAAAGAGCUUGGAAUAAAACCCAUAGCUACCCUUUGCUGACAGUGCUGAGCUUCCAAGAUCAGCAUCUGCUGUCAUCCCUGCUGGCUUAGUGAACCACAGCAUGGACUGUAUGCUGGGAGUGAUAAAAGUGAUACGCUUCAACUCCAGAGAGAAGGCUGACACAAUUAACUUUACAGCAUCAUUGACUGCCAGGCAUGCUAGUUUUUUUCCUUGGUGUUUAUCUGCACAUUCUCCAUUCAUAGGAGUUACUCAAUUAAUGUAAUUACUGUGCAUCCAGUGUUUAGAGACUUACCCAGCACAUUGUAGCCCUUAUGGUUUACUGGGUGAAAAAUGCAUAUUAUUAUUUUUACCAUGUAUUUGCAGUGCAUUUUUGCCUAAAUUGCUGUAAAACAUCAGUACAUCCACUUCAAUCUCUUUCCCUAACUUUUCUCUAAGCUCCCAGGAGAAGUACUUCCAUCCCUUUGAUUUGUGUUGUGAUGUUUUUGAAACAGUAUGUUAAGAAAAGUCUUUUUAGUAAGAUAAGGAUGAAAAACCAGGUUCUCACAAAGCUAAGUAUGUGUUGAAGUCUUGUAAGCUUCUGAAGAGUGCAAUGGAUGGGGCAGGUUGUUUGUGUAGGGGAAGGGAGAGAUGUUUUCGCUGCUGCAGGGCACGUGCACCUGAGCUGGACCAUGGUUGGACCCUGCAGUGCAUAUUCAGCACAGGAUGGAGAAACAAAUGAGUUUGAGUUUUGCAGUCAUCCACGUCUUGUUGUGAUGCACAUCAAAAUGUCAAAGGGGUGGCGUUGCCCAAGCAGACAACAGCUCCACUGCAGGAAUGAAGAGUUAGGUGACUACUGGUUGGUACAGGGAUUGAAAUCACUCUUCAUGUUCCUGUGUGCUGUCAAAAGCUCAUGCAGAGGACAGCCUGCUUUGCCUCAUAAUCCACAGGAAGCCAGCAUAUUGUCUACUUAGUCCAGAGAGAUUCAGAAUUCUGGGCUAGGGACAAACAGUCUUUUUUUUUCCCCCAGCUCUCUGGAUUUUAGCUUUUCCCACCUGUUGCUGUUUCUGGCGUGUUAACUCAUCUAGAGGUUCUGGGGAUCUUUGUUACUCUCGCUCAGAUUAUUACAGAAAUUGUGGACACUUGCAUGAAAAAGGAAGAAAAUGCAAGCUCCUGAUUCUCCGUAUUUUUUUUUCUAAUUUUCAUUCUCAUUUAUGCUCUGAAAUGAUAUGGUAUCUUGGCCUCUCACUUCCUGUGUCCACAGUGGCCCCAAUAUUUCAGCCCUAUGGAUUGUGGAUGAGCUGUAUUAACUCUGCCCCAGUCAAAACCAGUGCAGGUCCCUGUGUACUUCUUCCUGGUGCCUUUUGUACUGUAACAGCUUUCACUCAUGUCCAUGUUGUUCCUAACCCUUUGUGUUUCCAUUUUAAGAUUUUAGUUAUGGAUAGGAGUAGUAUGGUCAUGUCUCUAAGUUCAAACAACACUCAGAGUCAGACAUAAGAAUAUGUUGCCUCCAACCCAGUUGCAAGAAACAGGAUAAGUCCAAAUUCUCUUUUUCUUGAUGCUUUUAAUGUGUGUUGCUGUCACCAGGAGAUCAGUGAGCUUACAGGUUCCAGUCUUUGACAUGUUGGAGAAGAGUUGGUGACCAGACACUGUGUGCUCCUGGAGAUACUGUGUUUGGGGCAGGUACCCCGGCUGAGAUUUCUCCAUGAAGUGUUUCUGUAAAAAGCAUAUGCUUCACUGAAAUGUUUUUGCAUGCAUUGAAAUACUGUUCUUCAAGACAGAGUUUGACUUGACAAGGUCCUGACCAGCCUCAUCUAAAUUUGCCAGGAUUUGAGUAGAGAUGCUAACCAGAUUAAUUCAUGAGUUCUCUUCCAACUAAGUUGCUCUUGAUUCUUUUUUUUUCCCUAAAAAAGUUUGUUAGUUUGUUUAAAACUAAGACCCAGAAUAAAUAAUUUCAACUUUUUCUGUUUAAAAUAGAGCAUCCAAAUGUUUGAAAAAGUCCUUAGUUCUAAAAAUGUAAACAAGACUAGUACUCAGAAUUAAAAUGCUUUUUAGUUAAACAAAAUGUAUUGAUUGAAGAUAGCUUUUUCCACUUAUAACAUGGAAGUAUUUUAAUUUUUUAUUCAGCAUAAACAAACUUUUAAAAACUAGUUUGUGAACUAAAGUUCUUUUUUCCUUAGCUCUAGAUGGAACUUACCCCUAUACGCAACAUGCAACUUAGUGUUUUAUCUAAUGAAGUAUUGAAGACUUGGUCAAGCACCAUUGAAUUCAGAAGGUGCACUGGUAAUGGGAAGAAUCUGGCUCACAGUACCAAGUGUACCAUAUGCCAUUGAUGUGGGGUAGUCAUACUCGUCCCUUUCUUGGUAUGCAAUACAUGCACUUAGAUAGUGUCCCACACAUCUCACCUGAAGGACAAGGAACUCUGAGAAGCAAAUUUUUGGGAGCUAAAUCUGUAAUUUCCAGCCUGAUGGAAAAGACUUUCUGGGAGUUCCAACACCCAGUCCAGAAAUCCUUCGACAUACUUUGAACAUGCUUGUACGGGAGAGGAAAAUAUACCCAACUCCGGAUGGUUAUUUCAUUGUAACCCCACAGACUUACUUUAUAACACCAUCUCUCAUAAGAACUAACAGUAAAUGGUACCAUUUGGAUGAGAGGAUACCUGACAGGUCUCAAUGUACCUCUCCACAACAAGGAACUAUAACUCCCUCCACCUCGGGAUGUGUCAGGGACCGAACACUACCCAAAAACCACUGCGACUCCUGCCAUUGUUGCAGAGAAGACAUGCACAGCAUGCAUGCAUCUACCCUACAGAGGAAAUCAGCAAAAGACUGUAAAGACUCAUACUGUCCUCCUUCAUUAUGUCAGGUCCCACCUACUGAGAAAAGUAAAAGUACUGUCAAUUUUUCAUAUAAAUCAGAGACGCUCACAAAGCCUAAGGAUGUAGAAAAGCAGUCUAAGAAAUUUGGACUCAAAUUAUUCCGAUUAAGUUUUAAGAAGGAUAAGACCAAACAGUUGGCAAAUUUCUCUGCCCAGUUUCCUCCAGAGGAGUGGCCACUAAGGGACGAGGACACCCCUACCACUAUACCUAGAGAGGUAGAAAUGGAGAUUAUUAGGCGCAUUAACCCAGACUUGACUGUGGAAAAUGUCAUGAGACACACUGCACUAAUGAAGAAACUUGAAGAAGAAAAAGCUCAACGAAGCAAAGCAGGGUCUUCAGCUCACCACAGUGGACGAAGUAAAAAGAGCAGGAAUCACAGAAAGUCUCAUGGGAAAUCAAGGUCGCACAGCAAGACCCGGGUGUCCAAAGGAGACCCAUCAGAUGGCUCUCAUUUGGAUAUACCUGCUGAAAGGGAGUAUGAGUUCUACGAUCCCUUGACUCGAUCCCCACGGGAAGGCUGUUUUAUAAUAGAGCACAAGGGAGAUAAUUAUAUAAUGCACAGCAAUCCUAACAUGAUUGAAUCUCACUUUCCCAUGACACCAGAGUGGGAUGUGUCUGGUGAACUGGCCAAAAGAAGAACUGAAAUGCCUUUCCCUGAACCUUCCAGAGGAAGCUCCCAUUCCAAGGUCCAUCGGAGCCACAGCCAUACGCAGGAUAGACGAUCAAGGAAUGAGCGGUCCAGUAAAGCUAAAGAAAGGUCUAGAUCCAUGGAUAACUCCAAGGGACCUCUGGGCUCAGCUACUUUAGGCACACCUGAAGAUAUAGGUGAAGGCUGUAGCCCAGAUGACCAAACAACUAGCCAAACCUACAUUGAUGAUAGUACCUUAAGGCCAUCUCAGUCGCUCAGUCAUCAAAGGGCUCUGAUUUCAUCCGCAAGCUACAAAGAGACUUGCAUCCCUGAAAUAGCCGGGGGCAGUGUAGAAACCCCCAGUUCUUGUAGCCUAUUGGAACAAAGCAAGCCUACGGAGAAUUUGCCAUCAUAUAGUGAGCUCAACUCCUGCACAACUAAAUCUGCAGUUGAUGACUAUUUUCAGUGCAACACAUCCAGUGAGACUGUGCUUACUGCUCCAUCACCACUGGGAAAGAAUAAAGAGGAUCAUGACACACUAACAGGGACAGAUGGGCUAAAAAAAAUGACUCCCACAGAAAGACAGUCUCAACAUAUUGCUAGGGAGCCUGGGGUGCACAAGGAGGAGUCUCCAAAGGGCCCAAGCAGUGGUUCAGUGAUUGCUGGCCAAACUCCAGAGGUGAUUGCUAACGGGCGGCUGGUUCAACACCAUAGCACUGAAUCAAGCAGCCUUGAUAAAAGGAAAGAAAUAUUUAGCAAGGAUACACUCUUUAAGCCUCUGCACAACACUCUUUCUGUGAAUAGUUAUCAUAAGUCUAACACCCCUCUGCUAAAGCCCCAUCAAAAGACCCCCUCUGACACAUUGCCUGUCAGAUGUGAGAAACUUGAACAAGCGAUGGUAACCUCAGUCACACAAGUCUUGCCUGUUUCUCAGAGACAGCAAGAGACAACCGGGAACCAGGAGGCCUCCUUUGACUACUACAACGUAUCUGAUGAUGAUGACUCGGAGGAAGGAACCAACAAAAAUGCUGAGGAAGAAAAGAACAGGGAUGAUGUUGGUACGAUGCAAUGGCUCCUAGAGAGAGAAAAGGAGAGAGAUCUACAGCGAAAGUUUGAGAAGAAUCUUACUCUUCUCACCCCAAAGGAAACAGAAAAUAGCAACAACCAGAGAGCCACCCACUCAGCCCGCCUGGACAGCAUGGACAGCAGCAGCAUUACUGUGGACAGCGGGUUCAACUCUCCACGUACUCGUGAGAGCCUGGCAUCCAACACUUCAAGUAUUGUUGAAAGCAACAGACGUCAGAACCCCGCUCUGAGCCCUGCACACGGCGGCGCAGGCCCGACGUUCAACUUCCGAGCCACUGCAGACCCACCCACGAGUGAAGCUGAGAAACUGCAGAAACCUGGUAACUGCCUGCAAGCUUCUGUCACUAGUGUCUGAUAGUCAGCCUGCCUCAGAUCGUCUGUCUCAUCCUAUACAGCAAAGUUUACGACACUGGGACUGAUGUUUACAUCUUUGGGGAAAAAUUAAACAAGCAUCUCAACCACAGUUUUAGUGUUCACUUAAACUGUGCUGCUACGUAGACUAGGGGCAACAAAGAAGUCUUUAUUUCAAGGUAUUGCUUUUCACAUUUGCGGCUCUGUAGCAACAGAAUAGCAGUAGGGAUAAUAUGUACACUUUUUGCUUCACUUAAUUGUAACUGAGCACAUAUAUGAAAGUCUAGACACUGUAAGUGUAACCUGCAUUUUCAAUGUCCAUGCAGUUGCCAACUUCAUUUAAAAAAUGCCACAGAUGUGUGAUGCCCCUGGUCAGAGGCUAAACUCUGCUGCAGAGUUAAUAAUUUUUUUCUUCAAAAACUGAGCCACUGCUGAAAGUAACCAGCCAGGAUCACCAUGAGGAAAAACAAUGCCAAACAUGACAAGUCAUGACCUCAGCUUUAUAUGUGAAUUAUUAAUACUAAUCAGUCAUUUUCACUGUGCAUUUUUGUGACACAAUUUUACAAAUACCUAGUUAAGCGAGUAAAAGGAGGUUUGGGGUUUGUUUUGAUUUGCUUUUUUUCUAGGUAUGGAGGGUGGGAAGGGAGGCAGCUCCUCCUUUUGUUUCAAAAAUAUGAGAGAUGUUUACUGAAUGAGACCUGCUACUUGACCUUCCAUAGUCACCCGUGAGGAGGUGGGCCUUUGCAGAGAUGGGGGAGUGGGGAGGGAAGGGAAAGAUGUAACUGUCAUGGAGCCACAAUGUGGAGUGACACGAAAUAUAUUAAAUGUCUUCAGUAUAAUUCACUUAUUUUAAAAAGAUAAUCUAAUUCUUGUGUCACUUCUGGUAUUGCAACUUGCCAUUAAUAUAGAAAUCAGGAUAACUAAUUUCUUGGAACAAAAAUAUCCUUUAUGAUAUAAAUGACAAGUAUGGCCUGAAGAAUUGAUUUCUUUCUAGUGGAAGGACAUAAAUCUAUUUUAUGUAGCUUAUUAAAUAGAGUGCCUAAAUUAGGCUAUUAAAAAUAGCAUACAGUGUAAUGAUUAUCAGAGAACAAAAUUUAGAGAAUUAUAAACUUCUGGCCUUUUUAUUCAGUGGAUGUUAUUUGCAAUUUACCAUUUUAUGGACAUGUCUGGUUUCUAGAAAUUCAGUGUGUCCACUUGGUUUGCAGUAGAAAUCUGAGUCCUGCAGGCACGGUACAUCCUAAUUGCUCUCCCUAAACUCUUACUCCAAUGUAAUUGGUACUGUGCUAAUUACUGCAGAGUAAAUUCUACAGAUAGUUAAACUCCAAGAGUAAUUUUAGGUAUAGGGUCACAUUCUGCUCUGUUACUCAUGCAACCUGGUAGUGCAACAAACUGACUUUUUUAUCAGAAGACAAAUUGGUGGAAUAAUAACAAAGAUACUAAAAUGUGCAACAGCCCAAAUUGUUCCAUAGAAAAGGGACAUUUACCCUGUCUAGCUCUUGUAGUACACAGGUAUGAAACCCAGCUGUACAUAUUAAAACCCAGUAUUUUCAUCAGGUUCUGGUGACAUUUAUUACUCUGUAUACAAAGUCAUUUGAGCUUCACUUAUGUUCUCUAUUGUGAUCAGAAGUCUUUACUGACAAUUCAGCCUUAUGUUACACCAUGGGAUAUAGAUCAUUUGCUUAUGAAACAGCUUUCUAACUCUGGACACAAUCAGUUCUGUCAAGAAUACACAGCCAAUGCACAGGUCUGUUUUCAUUGAUUUCAGUGUAUAAUUUCCAUUUCAUAGGAGCAAUAAGACCUUUCAGUGCACAUAAAGGAAAUUAUUGUGCUUUUGGUUGGUUAUCAAAGUCACUUGGCCUUUAGCCUUCUGCCUUAUCAUACCUUCCAAGAUGUGCUCUAAUUACCAUAUUAUGCUUUGCAUGAUGCAUCUUCUUAUUCAAUAUGUAACUCCAGCCGUACUUAUUCCAUGCGAACUGUAGAGUCAGAGUUCUUUGUGGGGAAUUGUCAUAUACUAUGCAGUGGCUGACUGUGAUUUUGUUUCUGAGAUGAGCUCUGACAUCAGUAGUAUGUAUCAAUUCAGUAAAUAGAAAUGUUGAAAUGGUAAAAAAAUUUACAGUGAUGAUCUGAAGUACUAAUGGCAGUAUUAAAAUGUGAAGAGCAGAAACAGGUUUCACCUUUGGAGAAAUAAUUGUUUGUCAUAAGCUAAUCAGAAUUUGUGCAGGCAGCUGGUUGUACAGAAGACAUAACUCCAACAAAAUGUGAUAGUACAUACCUAUAAACUGUAUAGUAUGUUAUUUCCUAAAGUUCCCAGAGACCAGCAGACAACAUAAAUGUCAUAUUAAUGUUGACAUGGCAUUGUACCAAUAUUAAUGUGACUCUUGGAAUAUGGAAUGUAAACAGAAGUUUCAAAUAGAAACGUUCUAAUCUUGAUUUUCUUUUUUCCUUUUAAAAUCAACAAUGGAAAAUAAGAAAAUUCCAUCUUGAGGUUCUGGUAACAAAACCACGAGAGUGGAGCUUGAGUGCUUUAUGUCACCCUAAUCCUUUGAUGAAAUCAUAGCCUUGUAUUAUGUGGUUGCUUAUCUAUCAUUCUAAUGUAUCAAUUUAAAGGUUUACAGAGUUAGAUUAGGUUGAAUCUGUGUUGUGUUCAACUGUAAAGGGUCAACACAAAUCUGUCGGCAUUUUGCACACUUAAUAUGUAUUAUUAUAAUACAACAUGUUACUUUUAUGGUAAUUUUUUUUACACAUAUAACUACCUCCAUGAAUUUGAUGAAAUGCAGCAACAUGAAAAGUGUAUUGUACAAAGCAAGAUUAGAAACUUUGAAGCAUUAGGUCAUGGCGUUCUCUUGUGUGUCAAAGCUUGCAUAUGAAGUCAUCAUGUUUCCAUUGCCACAAUUUCCUUCUACAAUGUUAAAAAGAUGGCUUUCAGAUGAGUCACUUAAGACUUUGACAAGGCUGCAUAAUUGGGAUAAAAGUGAAAGGAAGGCUGAAACCUUCCAUCCUCUCCCCAGUUACUGCUAAAAUUUCUGCCUGGUAGAACUUGAAAAUGUAUUUGUAAUUUAGCAAAUUAGAAACAUCUACAGUCUGUGAAAUAUGAUUGACAGUUUGGGGUUUAACAGAAGACACUCUGGGUAUUUUCUUGGCAGCCUUCAGAUACUUGGGGCCCUGUUCUGCCUCCAUCUUUGUCAACAUUAGUACGUCAUGGUUUCUCUGAACUGGCAAGGGUGUUAAAACAACUCUUCCUUUAAUGAUGUGCACUCUGGUCUCUAGAUUGUGUGCAUCUAAAACAUUUGCUCCUAUAGAAAUUACCAACAGCCUUUCACUGAUGUUGCUGGGAGCAGUAUUAGGGUCCCUACUCGAGGUAUGUGCCUAUUGUUCAAAGAACAUGGGCAAGUUUCCAAGAGAAAUUAAGCUGGCUUUUGAAAAGUAGCCAGCUGCAACAAGCCACCUUUCAAGAGGGAAGAAAGAAAGAUUUUUCCAAAAACCAAAGGAAGAAAGUGGCAGCUGAACCUAAGCAGAUCGCAUUAUAUACAAAUCCCGAUUUAUGAACACCUUUCAGCAAACCUAGUACCAUUAUCCCGAUGCAGAUUAAUAAACAAUCACCAGUUGAGCUAAUUUUGCCAUUUUAAGUAUUUCAGUUAAAAUUUAGAAGAAAUCAUUAGCCAUUUGACUCCCAGCACCACUGUAAAAUGACUGUUAUAUGUGAAACAACAUUCACUCAACUUUAAAAAUAAAAAUGUAUUGGAAAACAAAUAUUUUAAUGAAAACCAUGGCCAAAGUGCUUGCCAGCAGUAGUCAUUGUUAGGAAAGAGAACAAGCAAACCAGUAUUUAGAGGCCAUCAUGAACACAGAUAAUACUUUGCACUUAAAUCACACCUUUUUGCCUGAGGGUCUCAAAGCACUUGCCUGUGAGGUAGGCAGAGUUCACUGACCCUACUUUUUGUCUGGGCCCAUUGGAAAAAGCAAAGGCUAAGAGUCUGCAGACUAAUUUAUUAACUAGUUGCUUUUUUAAAGUUACUGAAGUAAGUUAACCAAAGUAUUUAAUGUUUAUAUUCUGAAAUUAUUCUUUUGACACAUUCAGUUUGUUUAAGCAAGAAACUACUUUACAGCCCUGUAGACACUCUUGGAUUAGCAGUUCCAAAAACAAUUUUGCAGUCAUAUGAGUACUGGCAGCAGUGGUUUUAGAAACAGUCAUGUUAAUUAAAAAUUUGUUUUUCAAAUACAUUUUCUAGUGUUUUUCCCAAACACUUGUUCAAACUGUUGUGCUGAGAAAGCAAAUAGCACUCCUAAUCUGGUGUCAUACCCACAGUUUACAAUUCUCUUUGCUCUUCUGAAGAAAACUGUACAGUAUUAGAGAGAAAAGUUCUAUUUUUUACAAAAUUCUUUUAAAAAAAGGCUAUAUAUCUAAAAUGUUCCCCCCAGCAUAAGUGAAGUGCAUCAUUACUGCAUGAGAGACAUGCAGUGGACCCACCAAAAGCCAAGCUGGUGCUAGAAGAAAACGGGACUAUCACAUGUCUUUUAUAGUGGCGCUCUAAACAUUGGUUCCAGUUAUGCGAGUGUGAAUCUGGCAUAACUCCCCUGAUCUCUGAGGAUCUGAGAGAUGGGAAUGGGUCGUUAACUCCAUUGAAGCUCAGUUCUGAGCUGAGGGUUUCCGUGUUCCUCCCCACGCCCCGGGACACUAAAGGCAGAGACGGAGCAGAGGGCCACGCACCUGGCUUAGGAAGGGCAGCCUGGGCUGAAUCCCUGCUGAAAUGCACCAGGCUUUGGCAGGGCAGCCUGGGCUGAAUCCCUGCUGAAAUGCACAGCCACCCAGCCGGGAUCCGGGCCAGCCGCCAGCGUGCCCCGCCUCGCAAGGGUGAUUCUCCACGUGGUGCACUGCCCUCGGUUAGAGCCACCCAAAGGAUACCCACCCAGAUGUAUGAAAGGGCCCUUGGAGUAAUUGGCACAGAUGUUACUUUUAUGUGUGGAGGAGAUUUUAAGUUUAAAGGGAUCAUAAUUCUGCAGGUAAUUUUCUGUGAGUGACUGAAUGUGGCUGUUGCAUUAGGUUUAAAUGAGUUAAUAAAUGCAAGUGGGACUUACUGUAUGUUAGAAGGGAGUUUUGCAGCCAAGACUGCCUUGUAUAAAUGUGUUUGCACUGAAAAAAAAAUUUAAAAAUUACUUGGUCUCUGGUUGCUGUAAAGGUCAUCCAAGAUGGAUGUUCUGUUUAUAUUGUAUAGUAUUUCAUAUGAAAUAAUUGCAGUUCAUGAAAUGUCUUCCCUAACGUUACUGAUUUAUAACAGCACAUUUGUAACAUGGUUUUUAUUGUGUCAGUGUACCAUAUUGUAAAUGAUGAUUACUUGUCAUGCUUAGUAUAAUAAUUUAAAGGAAAAAAAAGGACAGGGAUUUUUGUAAGUCUAUAUUUGAAAGUCCCUCCAUAUGGUAAUAUUGUGUUCAUGUUGUUUAUGUAGUGUUGUGUGAAAUAUCCAUUUUGGAUUGUGUUACUUUUUAAGAUAUUAAAUAACAUUUGGUUAUA